AUAUCAGCUGUUAUUAUUAUUAUUAGGAUUGAUAUUUCUGUUCAGCUGCAGUAGAGAUGGAUGGAACAAAUGGCAGCAUCCAAACCCAUUUCAUCCUACUGGGAUUCUCUUACCGACCCCAUCUGGAGAGGAUCCUCUUUGUGGUCAUCCUGAUCGCGUACCUCCUGACCCUCGUAGGCAACACCACCAUCAUCCUGGUGUCCCAGCUGGACCCUCACCUCCACACCCCCAUGUACUUCUUCCUCACCCACCUUUCCUUCCUGGACCUCUGUUUCACCACCAGCUCCAUCCCCCAGCUGCUCUACAACUUUAAUGGACGUGACAAGACCAUCAGCUACAUGGGCUGUGCCAUCCAGCUCUUCCUGUUCCUGGGUCUGGGUGGUGUGGAGUGCCUGCUCCUGGCUGUCAUGGCCUAUGACCGGUUUGUGGCUAUCUGCAAGCCCCUGCACUACAUGGUGAUCAUGAACCCCAGGCUCUGCCGGGGCUUGGUGUCAGUGGCCUGGGGCUGUGGGGUGGCCAACUCCUUGGCCAUGUCUCCUGUGACCCUGCGCUUACCCCGCUGUGGGCGCCAUGAGGUGGACCACUUCCUGUGUGAGAUGCCCGCCCUGAUCCGGUUGGCCUGCGUCAGCACCGUGGCCAUCGAAGUCGCCGUCUUUGUCCUGGCGGUGGGUGUUGUGCUGUCCCCCUUGGUGUUUAUCCUGCUCUCUUACAGCUACAUUGUGAGGGCUGUGUUACAAAUUCGGUCAGCAUCAGGAAGGCAGAAGGCCUUUGGCACCUGCGGCUCCCAUCUCACUGUGGUCUCCCUUUUCUAUGGAAACAUCAUCUACAUGUACAUGCAGCCAGGAGCCAGUUCUUCCCAGGACCAGGGCAAGUUCCUCACGCUCUUCUACAACAUUGUCACCCCCCUCCUCAAUCCUCUCAUCUACACCCUCAGAAACAGAGAGGUGAAGGGGGCACUGGCAAGGUUGCUUCUGGGGAAGAGAGAGCUAGGAAAGGAGUAAAGGCAUCUCCACCUGACUUCACCUCCAUCCAGGGCCACUGGCAGCAUCUGGAACGGCUGAAUUCCAGCUGGUAUUAGCCCACGACUCCCAACUUGCCUUUUUCUGGACUUUUGUGAGGCUGUUUCAGUUCUGACAUUAUGUGUUUUUGUUGUUGCUCUUAAAAUUGAGACGGGGUCUCACUCUGUCACCUAGGGUGGAGUGCAGUGGUGCCACCAUAGCUCCUUCGACUAUUGGGCGUAAGCGAUCC